CGGACUGCGAUCUAAAAUAAGUAUCUUUUGUUCGAAAAUCUUCCUCAGUUUUCGGCUCUCAGUUCCUUCAAUGGCAAUAAUCACAGAAGAACCAGAGCGACAGCCUCGACAAGCUAAAAAGGAACCAACUUUGCCACCCAAAAAUCCAAAGCCCAAACCGGAACCCCACAAGGAGACGCGAAACAAUCCAUUCAUUUUCUGGUUCUACUUCACUCUUUCUGUCUCUCUAAUCACUAUCGUAACUGUCAUUCUCUCUUCUACCUCUUCCUCAUCAGACCCCAGAUCCUUUUUCCUCUCUCUUUCGAACCCUCUGCGCCAACACUACUAUAACGGCCGUACCAUUAAAGUCCAGCUAGCUCAGAAUCUACCACCCACCGAGAUUUUCGCAGUGGAAAGCAGAAGCAAAGGUUAUGUGACUGAGAAGGUACUGAUUAUUCAUGGGUUGGGUCUCAGUUCUUUUUCGUUUAGGAAAGUAAUUGACUUUUUGGGCUCCAAAGAGAUUCAUGGGGUUGUGUUUGAUUUGCCUGGGAAUGGAUUCUCUGAUAAGUCAGUAGAGGUGUCUGAGGAGAGAGGAAAUGGGAUUUUGGAGAGGUUAUCGGAUGCGUAUGGUUUGAUUAAAGAGAAGGGUCUGUUUUGGGUUUUUGAUAACAUGGUUGAAACAGGUGAGGUUCCUUAUCAAGAAAUUAUGUCCCAUUACAAUAAAUUAAAGAAGGUGAUUAAGCCUAUUGCAUUGGGCAGUGAAGAGAUGAGCAGAAUUUUGGGACAAGUGAUUGAAACAAUGGGGUUGGCCCCUGUGCAUUUGGUUUUGCAUGAUUCAAGCUUAGGAAUGGUAGCAAAUUGGAUUUUGCAGAACACAAAUUUGGUUAGAAGCAUCACUUUUGUAGAUAUCGGGUCAAGACCAGCUCUGCCUUUGUGGGUUUUGAAAAUGCCAGUGAUUAGAGAGGUUGUGUUGGGAUCAAAUUUUGCAUAUGAGAGAUUGAUUCACUUGUGUUGUUCAAAGGGGAUUGGUGGUUUGGAUUUGGAAGCACAGAGAGCGAUUCUGAAAGGAAGGGAUGGGAGGAGAGCUGUUGUGGAUACAGGAAAUAAGUUGAAUACUAGCUUUAGUAUAGCAGAAUGGGGUGCUUUGGACGGGAUAAAGGAAAUGCCAAUUCAGGUGAUUUGGUCUGAGAGCUGGUCCAACGAAUGGAGAGAGGAGGGGCGCAGGGUAGCUGAGGCACUUCCACAUGCAAGAUUUGUUUCUCACUCCGGUGGGCGGUGGCCUCAGGAAGAUACUGCAGAUGAGCUAGCUGAGAAUAUUGUCGAGUUCAUAUCCUCUUUACCAAAAUCAAUUAGGAAAGCUGAAGAAGAACCUAUACCAGAGCACAUCCAGAAAUUGUUGGAUGAAGCAGAAGACGGUGACCAUCACCAUCACCAUGGUCAUGGUCAUGGUCAUGGUCAUGGUGGUCAUGAUCACCACCACAGCCAUGCAGAGGCAGCUGGCUACAUGGAUGCAUAUGGACUUGGCGGCCAUGGAUGGGGCACUUGAUCUAUUUCAACUCUCAGAAUGUGCAUGGUUGUGACCAAUUAGAGGUUGAAUCUAAACAUUGUUUUAUCCCCAGAUAUGCCAUAGCUUUUAUGUGUACUUCUCUAAUAUGCAUCCAUUCUUUUGCUAUGGCUGGGUUCUGGAACGCCAAAUACACUCUUGAAUCUUGAGCUUUACGUAAGCAAUCUCUUUUUUUAAACAA